GCCAUUUUAAAGAGGGCUGCAGCAGCCAGUCUGAACUCAGUGUCUUCACUUCAUCUGCGAUACUUCGUAAUCUUCAACUCAAACAUGACCAGCAACUAUUACAACAUGAGCAGCAACUUAGGAAGCACCAGAACAAAUGAUGAGGAUCUGAGGAUAGUGAUGGUGGGGAAGACUGGUAAUGGGAAGAGUGCCACUGGAAACACCAUUCUGGGACGACAGUGCUUUGAAUCAAAGUUCAGUGCAAAGUCCAUGACUGUUGACUGUGCAAAGGGCAAAGCUGAGGUGGAUGGGCAACAGGUUGCUGUCAUUGACACCCCGGGCCUGUUUGACACCAGGUUUGGCAUAAAUAAAACAACUAAAGAUAUGAGGCAGUGCAUCUCUUUUGCUCUUCCUGGACCCCACGUGUUCCUGGUGGUCAUCAGGUUGGGCAGAUACACUGAAGAGGAGAAACAGACGGUGCAAAGGAUUCAAGAAAUCUUUGGCUGGCCUGCAGACAGAUACAGCAUGGUUCUCUUUACCGGUGGUGACCUUUUAGAAAACACUAUUGAGGAGUUCUUGGAUGAAAGCUCAGACCUUCAAGAACUCGUGGGCAGAUGUAAGGGCCAGUACCAUGUCUUCAACAACAAGGAGAAGAAGAAUCGCUCUCAGGUCACUGAGCUGCUCCAGAAGAUCAGAAAUAUAGUCCAGAGGAACGGAGGAAGCCACUACACCAACGAGAUGUUCCAAGAGGCCGAGAGGGCACUUGAAGAGGAGAAACAACGCAUCCUGAAAGAGAAGGAAGAGCAAAUACAGAAAGAAAAACAAAAACUUGAAAGGAAACUUCAGGAAGAAUAUGAAAAAGAAAUUAAGGAAAUGUAUGAGCAACUCCAGGCUGAGAGAGAGAGGGAGAUGAAAGAGAGAGAGGAGGAAAGAAGGAGGGUAAUUGAGAGGAUGGAGAGGGAGAAGAGGAGGAUGAGGGAGGAAAGAGAAGCAGAAAGGAAAAGAGAGGAAGAGGAAAGAGAGAGGGAGAUGGCAAAUAUAAAAAAACGUUUAGAGGAACAGCGUGAAAGAGAACUGGAGGAGGAAAGAGAAAGGUUGAGACGGGAAGCUCAGCGGCAAGCUGAGACGGACGAUAAUUGUACCAUUCUCUGAUUUGAUUUUCCUUUUAUUCUUUUUAUUUGUGUACUACCACAAAGACUUUUUUGGUUUUGAAGUACUCUAUCUGCAGAGCAGUGUACUACAUGAACUCAAUUUUGGACGUUACUGUAUGAAUAAGCAUGAAUAAGAUAAUGAAUUGAUUGCUGGGUUAUGUGACAAACUAUGUCUUGAUAAAUAAAUGUAGAAUAAUUGGUUGUCAUGGUGAUUAUGGUGGGACUUUAUUCAGAGCCAAAGCAUCUCUUGUUCUCUUGCUAGAUAUAUUGAUUCACAAUGUUUAAAGACUGUAUGUUGUUUUUUGAAUAUAUUCACAUGUAUUUCAAUUAACAUAUUAAAUCACUAUUACUACCUUUAUUAUU